AUGAACGACGUCAAAACAUCAGAGGAAGUUGACACAUGUGUUGCGAUAUUGGUCGGGGCGUUUGUGGCCAUCCUCGCCACCAUAUCUGUCGCAUUUCGUUGCCAUGUCCGAUACCUGAACAAGAUUUAUUACAAAGCAGACGACUGGCUCAUCUUGAUCUCAUUUAUUUUCACUAUCGGGGCAGAUAUCGCCAUGCUAUAUUCUUCCUCACACGUUUCGAAUCGCUUGGGUUAUGAUGAAAGCAAUGAAGACACUGGCAGACCCGCAAAUAGCAUGUCCUCGAAGAUCACAUUCAUUGGCGCCGCGCUAUACUUUACAAUUACGUCUACAACAAAGCUCUCCAUCCUGCUCAUGUAUCAACGGUUAUUCUCGAUCAACAGCGACUUUCGAUACCAAGUGCGGGUUCUGAUUGCGAUUGUGGUGGCCUUCUGGACCGGGUGUACCAUUGCAGGCCUAGUCAGCUGUAUUUCUUAUGAACGUGCAUGGGUAAGAGGCCUCAAUGAAGCAGCACAUUGCCAACAUUACAACGCUUUUUGGACAGCUUCGGGCAUACUAGAGUCCAUUAUCGACGUCAUGAUCAUUAUACUGCCUCUCAGGAUAAUAUACAGGCUUCAAAUGAGCAAAAGAAACAAGCUCACCCUCAUAGGCGUAUUUCUCUUGGUCAUUUUGUGA